UUUUACAGUUCCACAGAAGAAGUCAGACGGUUGCGUCGUCGAACUGUGGUGGACCCUGUUCCCGUUUUCCGUUUUUUAUUUGCCAUCGUUUUUUCCCCUUGAAAAACCGAAUGAAAACAAGGAAAUUACCGAUAAUCCGUCAAGUUUUGCGAUUUCAUUUAACUCGCACCGUUACAGUUGAUUUUUCGAGGUGUGUCGGGGCUCCUUGUGGGAUUGUUGUGUAGACGACGUGAAAGUGAAUUAUCCCGAUUACUUAAUACUGUUUCAUUUUUUAAAUUUGAUUACGGGGAAAUUUUGUUUAUAAUGGUUCUAAAAACUGGGUGAUACGCACUUUUUCCUCAAAGAUAAUCCAAAGUCUUCCAUCAAGGAUCCAAAGGGACCAAAUACAAUUUUACGGAUGAAACCCGAAACUCUUUACUCGCCGAAUAGGACACUACCCACCCUUGAGGAUGCCCCUCCCCAUCAUCCCCACCACAAACCGUUAUUCGUCAGCUGAUCCACGGUAAUUAUAGCCCGGCACCCCUCGACAAAGCCGGGCUCCCAAGUGUCUGAUAUGUCGACCGAGAUGCGCUCCCCAAACGUCUCGGUCACGCCCAUUAACAUGGAAUACACGCCCCCAGGACAGUUUGACAAUGGGGGAGUGGACUCGGGCGGUACUAGCACCGUUAUCAGCACCGUAGGUUCGGUGGGGGGCGUGGUAAAGUCGGUGGGCGUGGCGGAGCCGCCAAGGACACGCAGCGCGCCACACCCCGCACUGAUGUUUAGUAACGGCGUUACGGAUGUGGACGGUCCUGAUCCGGAGUUGGCGAGGAUCGAGAUGCAGAGUGUACAUAUGAGGAGCAAGAAGAACAGGAAGGAGGAGUUGCCCAGGCCGAUGAGUUGGGAGGGAGAGUUGAGUGAUGGUGAGAGAGAUGGGAUGUGCAUUGAUGAAAGCAGCGAACCACCUCAUUUACCAGAAAACUUAACAGUCUCAGCUUCCAAGCAGUGUCACAAUUUUAACCUUAAGGAUAGCCCUAUCCUGAGGCUAAAGCAGCCGCCCCCUGUGAGUAGUUACUCCUUACACAGCACUCCUUCCAACUCGCCAUUACUGAAUCAGCGACAUCCAGGGACCGGUGUGCCAAUUAUUAGCCAUAAAGAUCUCAUGCAUAAAGCGUUGAACGUACCGCCGACCCCGAGUCCAGAUUCGGCCGUUCAUUCGGCUUAUUCGGUGUUCAGUUCGCCGAAUCAGAGCCCGUUGACGCAGCGCCACAUGACAUUGACGCCGAACUUGAGCAGGAACAAUUCGGACGCUUCCCAUUCCAGUUGCUGUAGCUAUUCGAGCGUGUCCGUGUCUGUGUCGCCUACGCAACAGUUUUCGCCCACGCAUAGUCCUAUACAGAGCCGUCACAUACACACGUCAGUACACGGCAGCCCAUUACACCAUGGUGUUCUAUACAGAAGUCUUCCAGAAGAUUCGUCUUCAAUUCAGUCGCAUUACGAGCAAAAGUACGACAACGAUCCUAGCGGCGGUAGUAGUGUCGCGGGCGAGGAUAACGAUGACAAGUCGGGGUUGCUACAUGCUGCUCUGCCUGCACAACCAGGAAUAUCUAGACAACAACUAAUCAACAGCCCUUGCCCGAUCUGCGGUGACAAAAUAUCCGGUUUUCACUAUGGCAUCUUCAGCUGUGAGUCCUGCAAGGGCUUCUUCAAAAGAACCGUUCAAAACAGGAAAAAUUAUGUUUGCCUACGAGGAGCCCAAUGUCCCGUUACGGUGGCGACCAGGAAAAAAUGCCCAGCUUGCAGGUUUGACAAGUGCCUGCAAUGUGGGAUGAAAUUAGAAGCUAUAAGGGAAGAUAGAACGAGGGGUGGCAGAUCGACAUACCAAUGCUCUUACUCCCUACCGCCUUCGCUGGCUUCGCAGACUGAACUUAGGGCUAGUACGACAGAUUUAAGGCAAGGCUUGGGAGAUCACCAUCCAGGUUUCACGAUAAAACUGGAACCGCCCGAUGGCCUGCCGUCACAUCACAGGAGAAACAGUAACUUGCCCGGCUCCAAAGGUGUCCCGCCAUUAUUGCAAGAAAUAAUGGACGUGGAACACCUGUGGCACUACAACGAGUCGGAGCUAACCAAACUUAGUACGGACGGUCAUUUAGGCAAAGAGGGCGCCACUGGGGCGGUUCAUAAUCUGUCAAACCACCCUUUGUUGGCCGGCACCGCCCUCGCCGGCUCCACCGACACCAAUCCGGAUUUCGUGGCCAAUUUGUGCAAUAUCGCCGAUCACCGACUGUAUAAGAUCGUCAAGUGGUGCAAGAGUCUUCCUUUAUUUAAGAAUAUCUCGAUCGACGAUCAAAUUUGCCUCCUGAUCAAUUCCUGGUGCGAACUUUUACUAUUUUCCUGCUGUUUUCGAUCGAUGUCGAGCCCUGGCGAAAUCAGAGUAUCAUUAGGGAAAAGCAUAACCCUCGCCCAGGCCAGAGAUAUGGGCAUGCAAGCCUGCAUAGAGAGAAUGCUAAACUUCACCGAACAGCUGAGAAGAUUAAAGGUGGACCAGUACGAAUAUAUUGCUAUGAAAGUAAUCGUGUUGUUGACUUCUGAUACUUCGGAACUUCGAGAGGCCGAGAAGGUGAGAGCGUCACAAGAAAAAGCACUGAAAGCGUUGCAGGAUUACACGUUGUCACAUUAUCCUGAAAGUCCCGCGAAGUUUGGGGAGUUGCUUUUGAGGAUACCGGAGUUACAGAGAACUUGUCAGGUUGGAAAAGAAAUGUUAACGAUCAAAUCAAAAGACGGAGACGGGCCAAGUUUCAACUUACUUAUGGAACUCCUCAGGGGAGAUCACUGAAACACUAGAGACUUCAACGUGCCUUAGGAUUGAAUUAUCCACGGGCAAUAGUUAGGAUUAAGGGGGUUCAACCGGUGAUAGAAACAACGAACUGUACAUAGCGUUAUUUAAAUGGGUUUCGGUUAAUGGGUGCUACGGUAGGAAUUUGUUUAUAUCCGUCCAAUUGUGUGUACUUUUUAAAACAACAUUUCAUUUUGAAAAUUUAUCUUUUAAGCCAUUAUGUGUAUAUUUUUUUACGAAUUAAUCCUAACUGUUGUCACGUGCCGUAUUUGAUCCAUAAUAGCUUAUGGUGGCGGGCUCAUACUUAACAGACAGUAUUUUCGCUUAUUAUUGUUUUAAUUACUUUUUUUUACAUAGCUUUAAGUCAGAUAUUUACGUACUUAGCGCUCAUAUGUGCAGGCCACAUGGCGUAUAUUGAUCUUUUUUCGGUUCGUACAGGGUUGGAAACUCUCAUGCAGUGUUUAAUGAUGAAAUGAAUAAAUUAUUUUAGAAUUUUAUUAGUUUUUUUGCAAUAAAAAAUCUGUAUACAGUUGGAACAUGACGUCAGAUUUCAGGACUAUCUUCAAAUACCCAAUGCGUUCUGACGCUAUGGUUCCUACUUGAAACAGAAUUCUCUAAACAGAAUUUUUAUUGCCAAAAAACGCCCUAGGAGUGUUGCAAACCGCAAAACCCGAAAUUUUAAAUUAAUAUCUUCCUUUCACAGGAAACCUCCCUGUAUAUUUUUUAUGUAGUUUCUUUGAGGAAUUUUUAAUUAUAAUUCGUAGUAAUAUAAACGUAACUCUGAAUUGCAACUAAAAACUUGUCAAUGGAAGCUACACAGGACAUUCUACUGGACAUGUUGCUUGUUUGCUUUUGUUUUUUAAAAGCUGGCAACGUCUAAAGUUAAAACGUCGGAAAAUUCAAUAUUUUUUUGUAUUGGAAAAUGCCACCUAUUUUUCGAUGUUUAUUGCAGAACAACAAUUUACAGUGAGCGGCAAAAAGGUGGUAAUAAAAUACAACAAUUUGCCUCAUUGUUUAUUAUAGAUUUUAAUUUUUUAGUCCAUUUCCGAAUUACUAAGUAUACAAUCUUCAAAUCAUCAACAUCAAAACAUCGAAUUUCCAAACUAACUUUGUUUUAUGACCUUUUUGCCGUGCCCUGUUAUCUUUAUUAUUAUUAUCUUGUAAAUAUAAUUUUUAGCUUUAUAAUUUGAUAUUCUUGACUAUACAUUGUCGGGCUAUAUAUAUUUAUAUUAUUUUGUUUUACACUCUGUCACAUUGUGUAUAUUUUUAUGUACUGUUAUUACCAAGACACUUUCAAGAAAUUCCAAAAAAAAACUACAGGGUAUAUGAUUGUCGUGAACCAGCCGUGACAGCUGCGUUUAUAAUCAAAAAUUAUAUAUACAGGGUGUUCUUAAAGGGACAAGAAGUUGAUAUUUUUUUAAGCAAUAUUUUUUUUAAUAUCUUUGGUUAAUAGAAUUUUCCAGUCUAAAGUGACGUGCAGGGUGGCGCAACAAAGUUUUCUAAUGCAUAUGGCGUCCUCUGAAAUAUACAAUCAAACUGUGAAUCAAUUUUCAAUAGUAUUUUCUCAACUGUAUUUCCUCUAUUAUUAACGUAAGUUUUGUUACUACUCCAGUACAGACAAUUUAAGGACAUGCUGUAUAAUUGUGCAUACGUAAGCCAAAUAUUUAAUUUAGAAAUGAAUUGAAUUCAUCUUAUACCCUAUGCAUUUUGGUAUAAUAUAAGUAAGUGUUUUUUAUGAGAAAGUUUACCCCCUUCACCUGAUGUUCUUCAAACAAUACGUUAUUUACAGGGUUUACUUGUAGGUCAACAAAAGAAUGUUAGAUGAUAGGGUAAGUUUUCUUAAUUUCAACAUACUGUGAUAAAUCAUACAUAAAUCAACCCUACAAUUUAAUUCCUUCAUAAAAAAAUUAAGCUUUAAAUGUUGUUUUUUAAAGUUUUAUGUGGAUUUUCACAGUAUAAGGGUACAAAUAAUGCUUUGUUCUCCGCGUUAAUCAAACAGGCUUAUAUCUAAUAUAAGCCAUAGAGCUUAUAUAUUAAAUCAAAGUUCAUUCCAGUAAAUUAAUAAGGAAAUGUAUUAAAUGCACUAAUUUCCCCCCAGAAAUAAAAAACAAUCAUUUUAGUGCAAAAUACUUUUCCGGAUAAGUGAUGUUUAUUUCGGUUCGUAAGGCGUAGUGUAACUACAAAAAAAUGAGACUAUUGUUGUAAAUAGUCCCGUAUGACGGUUAUUUAUUGACAUUUUUGUAUGUGGUUGUCAUUCUUUUAAUCGUACACAUGAAACUAAAAUCAAAAUUUAGUUGUUAGAUAUUGUUAGUUUGUUUUUUUGGCAAGUCCGUUUUAAAAUUAAUAUCCGUACUUUUUCCGUUGCAACUUAAAUAAUAUUAUUAAUAAUUAAAAAGAAAAAAAAAACAUAAGACUUAUAGGGUGGCCUUUACACGGCCGUAUUAUUGUACGGCCCUAAACCCUAAUUUAAACGUUUUUGUACUCAAUUUUUAAAGCAAAUUUAUACAGAAGAAACUUUUGUAUUGAAAUAUAUACUAUACAUAUA